AGUAAAGAUACAGACCAGUGCACAGAACAGUGGAAACACAGCUGGAAGUGUAAUACCUAGAGUAUUUUCAAAUGUUUUGAAAGACCCGAAAGAGCUGUACGUCUCUGUUCCUGAACCUUCUGAAAUGAAUCUUCACUGUCAGUCUUGUGUUCACAUUGUCGACUGUGAUCAGUGGGUUCAGGUGGAGCCGUCAGUCUGUACAGAUGAAGGAGGGUCAAAGUUCAGCAUCAGCACUCCUGCGGGUCGAUUCGAGUGCAGCAGGACCAGAAUCCGAUGGGUCUGUGGGGGUGACGUCACUCUUCAGUAUCGUCCAGUGGAUGGACGUUUCCUCAAUGCAGAGCUGGAGAGGCUUCAGUGUGAGCGAAUUGGUCCAGUGAUCGAUGUGACCGUGAUCUCAGGGAAACUGGAGGAGGCCCAUCUGCCUCAUUACGCCUGUUUGGCUCCAGUUUAG